AGAAUAUUUUGGUGCUUCCCAUCCACCUCCACAAUCAUGUCUUCCUCAAAGUAUUUCUUCUUCUUCUUCUCCACUCUCUUCUUCUUCUCCUUCCCUCGCAUAUCAUCAAGAGUCACAGUCUGUGAGACUCUAUAUUGCGGUGGCAGUUGGCCUCCCGUUCGGUUCCCUUUCAGAUUCAAAGAUCAACCGGAAUCAUGCGGCUACGCCGGAUUCGAUCUCUCAUGCACCAACCAGAACCAAACAAUCCUCACCCUCCCUCACUCCGGCGACUUCGUCGUCCAAGACAUCGAUUACUUAGAGCAAACAAUAGAUAUCACCGACCCAGACGACUGCUUUUUCCGACGGACCCUUCAAAACUUCACUCUCAGAGGCUCCCCUUUCCAUACCCAAUUUUUUGGCUGGAACUUCACCUUCUUCAACUGCUCCUCCAACGUGACAAACAUGUCAAGGUCGUGGCCGAUUUCCUGCCUUGGCGGCCACGGAUUUAGCGUCUGGAUGACGCCGAGUGAUUACCGUGAGGAUUCGUGGCCACCGCCGUCGUGUAGAGCAACGCAUACUGCUUUGCUUCCGGAAAUGUCGCCGUCGCAGUCGGUCCAGUUGAGUUGGAGUGAGCCGAGUUGCGUUGAAUGUGUAGCGCGUGGCGGAGACUGCGUCCGCAGCGAUUCGAGCCGGGAUGUUGAAUGCUUAAUCAAUGCUCCAGGCAGCAUUGGUUUGUUUUAUUCAUCGAAAAAGAAUGGUGGUCUUCCAAGGAGUGCCAAGUACGGCAUAAUCAUAGGGGUGGGAAUACCCGGACUCUUGUGCCUCAUUGGACUCUCAUGUUACCUUUGUGGCAGAAUAAGGGUUUAUAGGCGUAGACACAACCCCAACACACAGCUCACCAGCAUAAAUAUCUCGCCGCAACGGAGCGUCCUUGCGAUGGGUCUCGACGGGCCGACAAUAGAAUCAUACCCAAAGACACUGCUCGGUGAGAGCCGGCGAUUACCGAAACCUAGUGACAACACUUGCCCCAUAUGCUUGUCUGAAUAUCAGCCUAAGGAAGAGCUAAGGACUAUACCGGAGUGCAAUCACUAUUUCCAUGUUAAUUGCAUAGACGAGUGGCUAAAACUUAAUGGGACAUGCCCUCUCUGUCGGAAUUCGCCUGAUGGGUCAGCUCUGGUUACCCCUUCAUCAUUAUCGUCGUCGUCGUCUACGUCGUUGUCACCAUCUUUAUGAUCAACAUAAACUAUUGUGUUAGCAUUGUAUAUAAUUUGUUCAAGUUAUAUUGAGAGAGAUUGAUUGUUGUAUGUUAUAAAAGUUUUGGUUUCUGUUUAAAUAAAUAUACAAAGAAUAUGUCAAUUUUCCUAAAAAUAAAUAAAUUUGCCUUUA